AUGGCUGCACCUGUUUCCAACGUGGCCGAGACGGAGAUCCCGAACAGCGCGGCCGAAUCGGAUCAGAUUACGAAGCAGGAGGAGGGCAAGACCAAGCAAGAAGAUGUUGAGACGGGGAGAGGCGACAUCUCGCCCGAUCCAGAAAAGGUUAUUUGUCCACUGGCCCUGCCCUGCAACCGUUGCAGUGCGAUCUUCAGCCAGUACAUCUUCUACGCCGGUGAGGUGGUCAUCGUCGUUGCAAACCUUGUGUUCUUCAUCGAGGGCCUAUCUUCCCGACCUGAAAUCUGGCUAGAGGGGCUGCCGGCUUCUGGAACAGCCAUGCUCAUGGGCUUCACAACGACAGCGACAAUCUUCUUGGUACACAAGCUUGUGGGGCGAUUUCGGGGAGAAGGGCUCAGAGCAGAUGAUCAAGUGCCAGACUGGCAGAAGCGGCUUCCAGCCGUCAUUUUUAGUCACGAGCCUCUGAACACUCCGUGCCUAGUGGUCUUCGUUCCAAUCUUCUACGUCUUCCUGGUGCUUUGCAUCCUGCUUGGUGUCUGGACCUCUGCGUUGUCAGAUGGUCUGCUCCACAGCGUCAACAUCGGCGUGACCGCGGCGAUUUUCUGUGCCGUGGCUCUCUUUGAGUUGCAUCACACAGACUCCGAGGUAAAGAGGGUCCAGCCGGCGGCUUGCUGGGCCUUCUCGACCUUCUUACUUGCAUUCUUGAUGCUGGUGCCCGCUGUAGCAUGGUGGCUGAUUCUGCGUACCGCUUGCGGCCACGCAUGCUGA